CGGGGGAGGGUCUCCAGUCUCCACUCUGGCUGCCAUAAUACGGCUCAGCGCAUGUAGACAGGCAGGAGGGGGAAGCACAUCCUCAGAGAGGACAUAAGAAGAGACCGGGGUCCGGACGAACCGUGCAGAACGACACAAGCCGAUAUCAGCCGCCGCUACGUGUGAGGCGAGGUCACCGCAGUACCGCGGUUUUCUCUUGUGACUUGAUCCAAAGCUGAGAGUAACCUCAGGCACUGCCAACGACCUCUGUGAUCUCUUGAUUCAACACUGUUAUCGGUGUCUUAAAUGAUGUGUAGGAGAAGGACUGGGUAGAAAACCCCCAUAAAGCCAACAGAGAAAAGGAAAAGGAACUAGGACCACAUGGUUGGUAUGGACUGACGAGUCAGCUGAAAGCAGAUCAGUGUGGCUUUGCUUGGAAGUUGACAAUGGUGUUGUUUCUGAUUGGGAUCUCUAUUCCUGUGAAUAAUUCUUCUCAUGAGAACCAAACUGCAGGAAACUCCACCCAUCAGGGUGCACAUGUGCUGCCUUCAACACUGGUUUUAUCCCUUCUUCUUAUCAUCGUUGUCCUGCUGACAAUCUACUGCCUGAGGUUCAAAAACCACAGGAAAGCUCUGGUUACCUCAGUGGAUAAAAAAAUUCCUAACGGCUUCUUGGAGGAGCAAGGAGAGCAGACAGUGGUCCUCCUCCCCAGAUCUCCUUCACCAUCCAAGAGGUACUUCCCUAUCCCUUUGGACUCAUUGGAGGAGGAGUACCGGAUACGCUCUGCAGAUGAUGGCAAGCUCUUCAGAGAAGAGUUCAAUUCACUGCCGUGUUACUACCACCAUGGGUCCUUUGAGGAGGCGAGCAGAGAGCACAACAGAGAGAAAAACAGAUAUCCAAAUAUUUUACCAUACGAUCAUUCAAGGGUGGUGUUAAGUCAUCUCGAUGGACACUUGUGCUCAGACUACAUAAAUGCAUCUUACAUAGAUGGUUAUAAAGAAAAGAACAAAUUCAUUGCAGCUCAAGGUCCAAAACCUGAGACAGUGGCUGACUUCUGGCGGAUGAUUUGGGAACAGAAAACAGCAACUAUAGUAAUGCUGACGAAUUUAAAAGAAAGGAAGGAGGAAAAAUGUUAUCAGUACUGGCCAGAAAAAGGCUGCUGGAUGUACGGGAACAUCAGGGUGGCGUUAGAGGAUGUCAUUGUACUGGUGGACUACACCAUUAGAAAAUUCUGUGUUCAAUAUCAGGGCAGCGAUGGUCCCAGAGCUCCCCGGCUGGUCACCCAGCUUCACUUUACCAGCUGGCCAGACUUCGGAGUGCCAUUCUCACCCAUCGGCAUGCUGAAAUUCCUCAAGAAGGUCAAAGCUGUCAACCCAUCCUACGCUGGACCUAUUGUUGUGCACUGCAGUGCCGGGGUUGGGCGGACUGGGACAUUCAUUGUCAUUGACAGCAUGAUCGACAUGAUGCACAUAGAACAGAGAGUGGAUGUCUUUGGGUUUGUGAGCAGAAUACGAGAACAGCGCUGUCAACUGAUCCAGACAGAUAUGCAGUACUCCUUUAUCUACCAGGCUCUGCUGGAGUACUAUCUGUAUGGAGAUACAGAGCUAGAUGUGUGCUCUCUGGAGGGCCAUCUGCAGAGGCUUCACAACACCAGGGCUCCCCACGACAGGCUGGGCCUGGAGGAGGAGUUCAGGAAGCUGACCAACGUUCGCAUAAUGAAGGAGAACAUGAGAACUGGGAACCUUCCUGCCAACAUGAAGAAGAACCGUGUGCUUCAGAUCAUUCCGUAUGAUUUCAACCGAGUAAUACUCUCAGUGAAAAGAGGACAGGAGUUCACCGACUACAUCAAUGCCUCCUUUAUUGAUGGCUACAGGCAGAAGGACUAUUUUAUCGCAACCCAGGGCCCACUGUCUCACACAGUGGAGGACUUCUGGAGGAUGGUGUGGGAGUGGAGGUGCCAUUCAAUCGUUAUGCUCACCGAACUCAAAGAGAGGGAGCAGGAAAAGUGUUACCGGUAUUGGCCAUCAGAGGGCAGUGUAACAUUUGGAGAUUAUACGGUGGAGCUGACUGGAGACACACAGUGUGAAACCUUGACUCUCAAAGACAUGGUUCUCACCUACAGACCAGAAAAGCAGUCACAACAUGUCCGACACUUCCACUUCCACGGAUGGCCUGAGAUUGGAAUACCAGCCGAGGGAAGAGGGAUGAUUGACAUUAUUGCCGCUGUGCAGAGGCAGCAGCAGCAGUCUGGAAACCGUCCCAUAAUUGUGCACUGCAGUGCUGGUGCAGGACGGACUGGGACCUUCAUAGCCCUCAGUAACAUUCUGGAAAGAGUGAAAGCUGAAGGCCUCCUGGACGUUUUUCAGACAGUCAAGAGUUUACGCAUGCAGAGACCACACAUGGUUCAGACCGUGGAGCAAUACGACUUCUGCUACAGAGUGGUCCAGGAUUUUGUUGACAUUUUCUCAGACUACGCCAAUUUCAAAUAGUGUAAUAAUGCUCUGUAUGCUUUGUGUCAAAUUAACAUAUGCAAUUUUUUUCUGAAUGUUGUUUUCUAAAGCAAGCAAUUUUAGUAUUUUGCACUUGAGUACAGAUUUAAACUAAAUGGUGUAAUAUACUUUAAUAUAACUGAAAACAUGUGGUCCACAAAAAAGUCUGUCUGUUAUGAGAAUGUUUGAUCUUCAAGUACCCCAUUGUAAAAUGUAGUAAUUUUACUAAAUGGCUUGGAUAAAUUGUAAAAAAAAAAAAAAUUUUAUAAUGCAAAAAUACAACAUUUUAGAAUUGUUAAAGGGA